AUGUCCGACUUUGGCGAUGACGAUGUUGGUGGUGGCGGAGGCGACGAUGUCUUUGACGAAGAAGACGUGACCGAAUUCUACGAGCCUGAGGUCGGCGAGGGCGAGGAGCAGGAUGGUCUGGAGAAUGGCGACGAGCAGGACAAUGUCGUCGUCUCUGGCGACCCUUCCGCGGCCGCCAAUGCCAGUCGGGCCGACAAGUCGAGCAAGGAUAAGAAGAUCCCCGACGAGGAACGCAAUACGACACCAUACAUGACGAAAUACGAGAGAGCACGUAUCCUGGGCACUCGCGCCCUGCAGAUUAGCAUGAAUGCGCCGGUGCUAGUUGAUUUGGAGGGCGAGACAGACCCUCUGCAAAUCGCCAUCAAGGAGCUUCGCGAAAAGAAGAUUCCGUUGAUUGUGCGACGUUACCUGCCGGAUGGCUACUACGAGGAUUGGACCUGCGAGGAACUUCUCCAAUAA